AUGUCUUCCUCAUCCUUCACCUCAGGAAAUUAUUACAGACGACGUAGGAAUACGGAAAGAGGAACGCCGAAAGAGUGUUGGUGUGGUGCACCAUCUGACAUUUUUACAUCUGGAAGCGAAACAAAUCCAGGAAGAUUGUACUAUUGCUGUGCAAAAGGAUAUCAUAAGAGUCAUUUAUUCAAAUGGGCGGAUGACUGCUUGGUGGAAGAGGUUGAAGAUAUUAAGGCAGCGAUAAAUGGCAUGAAUAGAGACAUCUCGGAGUUGCGAGUUAACGUUGCUCGGUUGGCGAAUGGAGUAAAGACAGAAUCUGAGAGAAAAGGAGGCGAAUGUUUGAGUGAGAGUCGGUGUUUGAGGAAUGUGGUUGUUUGUGUGGCUGGAAUGGCGAUACUUUGCUACUACUACUUCUCUAUGGAUGUUUCUGAUGUUAAAUCACGGGGUUACCCUCCAAGACUUUAUCCUGUAGGGUCUUCUAACCUAGAAAAUAAAGACAUUAAUCACAAUUUCCGUUCACGAGAUUUACCUCAUAUUAUAGAAACACUAGGAGAAGAUGUAUGGAAAGCACUGGUGAACUCUCCCAUUGGAGUAGUUGCUAGGCUAGUUGAACGCCGAAGCGUGUGGUCUGGUAUAACAGUACACUAUCUACUAUGUAGACAGCUGCGAGUACAUAGGAAGGAGAUAUGGAGUCUGGUGGUUGAUGAGCCUAUCAGGUUUAGCUUGGUAGAAUUUGGUGAGAUAACUGGGUUAAACACUGGUCCAUUGCCAACAGAAAGUUUUGAACCUGAUCCUGAUAAAUACAAACCGUUUUGGGCGAAGCUGAAGGUGUCGCUUGGGAGGGGACCCACGUUGGAUGAACUGAAGAACUCAAUAGAGGUCUGCCCGAAUUGGACAUUUGAAGAGCGUAAAUGGCUAGGGCUAUUAGUUCUUCAACACAUGGUACUUUAUUGUUUGCAUCAAAAUUCUCGGGUGCCAUUUGAAAGUGCCAAAAGAGUGUUUGACGAUGAAGCCAUGAAGUCGUAUCCAUGGGGUCGGACUGCAUACGAAGUUCUCAUUGACUCUAUUAAAACGUUGGCUCCAGACAGGGGGUCAUACACAUUAAGCGGCCUAAAGGAUGCGUUAUUGAUUUGGGCGUAUGAAUCCAUCGUCUGCUUUGGCGAGUGUUUUGGGAGAGUGGUGAAUAAUGAAGACAUUCCACUUUUACGAUGGGGUGGAAAGCGUACUCGUGCAAAUUUCGAAAACUUGUUGUCUGCCGAGAUAAAACAACAUAGCCAGGUGCGUGUUAGGAGAAUGGUUUCGAAGGAGUCAAUCGAAGAGUUGUUGCCUGAAUGGUCGUGUCAACCUGACGACCCACAACUCGUUAACUUGAUAACAGACAUACAUGCAGGUAGAUUUGUAAAAGGUUUUUGGGAAGUGCAUGGAAAUGCGGAGGGGAAGGGAAACGAGAAGAAGAAGAAAGCUGAGCCACCCAGUAAGAAGCAGAAUAAAGUUAAGACCAAUGAGGGUGAAGCUGCUGCAACGGGAAAGGGUUCAAGCGAAGAGGAAGAUAAUAAAGAUUCGGGGAACAACGCGAGUCUGAUGGCCAUUGCGAAUACUCUGGAUAAACUUUCCAGAAAAUUUGAUCUAUGGACGCGCGAUUUAAAAAACCAUUGGUGGACCAGAAGUCGAUAG